AAUAGAAAACGAUAAUGAAUGCAAACAAAGAUCUAACCAAAAACAGAGAAGUUUCAGAGCUUUUGUAUUGACGGCCAGCACAGGAACGAACUUUGAUCGUUCAAAUCUCGCAUUCAAACAAACAAAAUCAAUCAAAAUUCUCUCUUCACCACCCAAUCCGAUCUUUCAAUCAAAUGAGUGGCAGCGAAGGGAGCUCUGGUCAUUCGGCCGGAGAUUCGGCGGCGGCGGAGAAGAAGGCGAAGUCGAAGGUGAGCAGAACGUCGAUGAUUCUGUGGCACUCUCACCAGAACGACUCCGCCGCCGUGCGGAAGCUGUUGGAGGAGGAUCAGUCUCUGGUCCACGCUAUCGAUUACGAUAAUCGCACUCCGCUUCACGUCGCCUCUCUCCACGGCUGGACCGAUGUUGCCAAAUGUUUGAUCGAGUAUGGAGCUGAUGUCAACGCCCAAGAUCGUUGGAAGAACACUCCUCUAGCUGAUGCAGAAGGAGCUAAAAAACAGGCCAUGAUUGAGUUGUUAAAGUCAUAUGGUGGUCUGUCCUACGGACAAAAUGGAAGCCAUUUUGAACAGAAGCCUGUUCCACCUCCUCUACCAAAUAAGUGUGAUUGGGAGAUUGAUCCUUCUGAGCUGGACUUCUCAAACUCAAAUAUCAUUGGGAAGGGAUCUUUUGGUGAGAUUUUAAAAGCAUAUUGGCGUGGUACACCUGUAGCUGUUAAACGCAUUCUUCCAAAUCUUUCAGAUGAUAGAUUGGUGAUUCAGGACUUCAGGCACGAGGUGAAUUUGUUAGUGAAGCUUCGCCACCCAAAUAUAGUCCAAUUCCUUGGAGCUGUAACCGAAAGAAAGCCCCUAAUGUUAAUUACCGAAUAUCUACGGGGGGGUGACCUUCAUCAGUAUCUGAAGGAAAAGGGUGCACUGAGUCCAUCAACAGCUAUCAACUUUGCAUUAGACAUUGCCAGAGGCAUGGCUUAUCUUCACAAUGAGCCUAAUGUUAUAGUUCACAGAGAUCUAAAGCCAAGGAAUGUUCUUCUAGUCAACUCAAGUGCAGACCAUUUAAAAGUUGGGGAUUUUGGACUAAGCAAGCUCAUCAGGGUUCAAAAUUCUCAUGAUGUUUACAAAAUGACCGGCGAGACUGGAAGCUAUCGGUACAUGGCUCCUGAAGUUUUCAAGCACCGGAAGUAUGAUAAGAAGGUUGAUGUUUUCUCUUUUGCGAUGAUACUAUACGAGAUGCUUGAAGGUGACCCACCGAUGUCUCACUAUGAACCUUAUGAAGCAGCCAAGUAUGUGGCAGAAGGACACAGGCCCUUGUUCAGAGCAAAAGGUUACAGUCCUGAAUUGAGAGAGUUAACGGAUCAGUGCUGGGCUGCAGACAUGAACCAAAGACCUUCUUUCUUGGACAUUCUCAAGAAGCUUGAAAAGAUUAAAGAAACUGGAUCGUCAGAUCAUCAUUGGAACAUCUUUACUUCAUGAAACAAUGGAUUCUGAUGCCCAAGCAUGGCCAAAGAAUUGAAUGAUAAAUGCACACAAUGUCAAUCACAGGUGGGGUUGUGAAUGUAGUAGCUGUGACUGAUUUGUCUACUUUUUUUCCAUUCAGAGUAUUGUUAUUAACAUGGUGAGUGGUGUGUAGCAUAGAACCCUCUGUUGCUGUAGUCCAUUAAGAUUAUCCUGAUAUUGAAACCGCUUGUCGAGGGGUAUGAUCCAAAUCAACAUUGUAAAGAAUGUUCAUCCUCUAACCAGAUUUUUGUUUUUUGUUUUUUCGUUUUUGUUUUUGGGUAAAUUGUUGUGUUUCAAAGUGAGUGCUUACAAAGCUGGCUGGAUAACUAUCAUUCUGAACUUUUCACUAUUGUUUCUCGGAAGAAAAAGUGGACUGUAAUGUUCCUUAAGCACUGAGGCAGUGUUUACAGGCCUUAGACUGUCUUGUCUUCAUUUUGUUUUUUGUUUUUAAUUUUAUUUUCUCCCUCUUGUAAAAGCAUAAAUUGUUUAUUUUUAGAGUAUCAGGAUUUUGUGGUAAUGUUUACUGUUGCUUGAUUUCUGUGAAUUCAACUACAUUGAUUGUGAAAUUUCUUGAGAUAUUUGCACUAA